GGGUAAGGCGUAGCUCUGAAGGAGUGGCAGAGAAACAGACUCUCCCAUAAAGCAGGACUGUUCUCUGGAUGGACGAGGUCUACACCUGACUAUACGACAGAGCAGCUAUCUGAUUAGGACUUUAUUCUUAUUUUUCCCAGUACAAAUCUUGCUAUGCAGGUAUGAUGCUGACUUUUUAAGGAAUCUCUGAUGCCCUGAAGAGAUCUACUGCUGACUUUUUUUUUUUUUUAAAACACCUCGACUUAAAGAAUCUUUAUUAUAUCUUUGAUAUUUUUUACUUAUUUUUCUCACCAUCAAGACAUGGUUCUCUGGAUUAUCUUCCCCAUCCUCCUCUCUCUGGUGUCCUGCAUUGGAACAUGGAGUGUAUAUGGCAUUGCUCUCGCAAACUAUCACGUGUGCUCUCUCAGUGACUGGGGGGAUGACAACUAUUGCAAAGGGAAUCAGACCACUGGAUGCUGUUUUGUUCCAACUAUAAGCUCAAGUGGAAAAAAGGCACCAGAAAAUUCACUCUUUACAGCCACGAUCAACGCUGGAGCCUUCAUGUUCCUGCUGUUCUGUAUGUUCCAUCAUGCACACGUUAUGGAGAAACAUGCGUGUCAUGUCAUGCAGAGCAGGAUCGCGCUGGCGUUCGGUGUGGUGGCAUCCAUGGGGGCAUUUGCAGCUGGAAACUGCAACCCGGGUUACCUGGCUCUCCUGCACUACUUUGGAGCUGCCGUCAGCUUCACGUGCAUCUGCUUCUACACCGUCCUGCUCACCUCUCUGACCAGGAAGUGUGUCCUGACUGGCUAUGAGAAGAUUCUCCACCCGCUACGCACCUUCUCUACUGUAGUCCAAGCCAUCGUCACCAUCUGCUAUACUGUUUUGUUCACCCAGGAGCAGUACUUUUACGUCCACUUGUCGGCUGUAUUCGAGUGGAUGCUCAGUUUAAACCUUGAGCUUUUUGAGCUCAGCUACGCCGUGGAGUUUUGCUUCUUCUCGUCCUACAUGAUUACAAAUCUGCUGCCCGAACGGGAGGAAGAAAAGCCUUUGAUGAUGACUCUGUCGUGAUAUGAGGCUGCCAGGGUCCAGCUGAGGAGCGUGGGCGCUGAGAAUGGACUGAGUAAGACAUCCUUAGAAACUGUGGCUGGACAGUAACAUUUUGAAUUAACAUGAAAGAGAUGUUGAAUGACACCUGUGGUGAGAAUUGGUUAAAAAAUGUGUAUUUAUAUAUAUAAAAAAAAAAAACUAACUUAAAGCAUACGAACAAAACACAAAGGAAUGUAUUUUACUUUUGCCACAUUGCUGCCGUGCCGACAGAACAACCUAAAGGUGUCAUACUUUUGUGUACUUUAUUUAACACUGAUCAGCCGUGACCAUUUUGACAACUGACAGGUAAAACAAACAACGUGAAACAUCUCUUUACAAUGGCCCCUGUGAGAGGUUGGGAUAUGUCAUGACAGCAAGUUGUCCUCAAAGUUGAUGUGUCUGAAGCGGGAUGAAUAGGCAUGAGUAGGAAUGUGAGCGACUUUGACGAGGGCACAAAUUGUGAAUGGCUAGAAAACAGGGUCAGAGAAUCUCCGACUGCAGCUCCUGUGGGUUGUUCGUCCUGCAGUUGUCAAAAUGCACCGUAAAGAGUUCAAGUAAGGAAAACCAGUGAACCAUUGAAGCCAUUGAGGCCCCAGAUCGCAACUUACAGGACUAACAGGAUCUGUUGCUAACGUCUUAGAUAAAUCAGCACACCCUCAGAGGAAUAGUGGCGUCAGAAUCAAAGCAGCCCUGACCUGACGAGAGGGACACCUACACAACAUUAGGCAGCUGGUCAUAAUGUUAUGGCUGAUCAGUGUAUAUUUUAAUUAAAUGUUUUUUUGUUUUUUUUGGCUUGUUCACAUUAACAAAUUCUUCAUGUUGUGCAAAAGCAACAAGCUGUGUAAACUUCCCCUUUGUUAGCCUAACAAUGUGGAUCUAUUAAGUCUUUAGCGCUUCAUAAAAAUAACAUAUAUAAGUCUGGUUAUUCUCUGUAUGCACAUAUAGGAUAGUGUAAAGAUAAAGAUAAACUUUAUUGAUUCAUUCAUUAGGCUUAGGUACAAGGUUGGAGAAUGUUGCAGUACACCCAUUCACAUAGUCUAAGCCCCUGUGACGAAACGAGAGCCAGUUAGACUGGAUGAUUCAUACUGAGUGGCAUUCACACAAGUCACUUUUGACAAGUUACUCACACUGUGUACUGAAUACAAGGACGUUAAGAAAAAAAGUGACAAAUCCUGAAGAGUUAGCUUGGUUACGCACAGAACAGUGGGUGUAGUCUGUGUCAACAUUCCUAGGUGUGGGCUGGUUACAGGUGUUUACAGGUAUCUCAGAUCACGUUUUACAACAAAGCAGAGGGCUGUUUGCUGAAUGUAUUCCCGACCGGAUAAUAAUAUAAUUUAUAUUUCAUUGAAUGGUUUAUAGAUUUAAAUUGGCAUAUCUCAGUAUUUGUAGUCUAAUCUUUAUUUUGUCUUUGAGUGGGCGUGGCUUACUUGAAAUAGGUGAUGUCCCAUACCUGGUUCAGUUAAUGUGAGCAGACUGAAUGUUUUUGUCAUAGUUUUAUAGAAAUAUAAACGAUUGUUAGAUUGCAAUAAGGAUGUUAGAAUAGAGCUUUACAGUUUUAUGGAUAUGCACAGAUCCAGGUUAUGAUAAUAAAAAUUAUCACAAUAGUAUUUUUUUUUUUACAUAUUUAUUCUAUUUUAUCUUUGCUUACUGUUUUUAUUAAAAUUUAAAUAUAUAUCCCAAAACAAGUGUUGUGGUUGAUGAUUAAUCUCAAUUAGAGCCUUAAUAAUAUUGACACAGUACAUAACAGACUGUUGAGUAACUAAAGCUGGUGCAAUGACUGAGGAUAGCCAGACAUCAUGAAAUGACGGCUCUCUGAGUACAGCUGAGUUUUACUAAAUUCUAAAAUUCACUUAUUUGUUAAAAAAUAUUGUAUAUAUGAAGACAUUCAUACAUACGCUAUUUAGAGGAUAUGAUGUACAGGAAGUUGUCAGUUCUUUAAAUCAGCAGUUAAAUUAUCAUUUGAUUGUCAGAGUAUCAAAUACGAUGUGUAACAGUGUUUUUGUAAAGAUGACGUUUCAGAGACUUCCUGCCUUCAAUGUCGCUGCAUAACUGUUGGGUGUGUUCACAGAGGACCGUUUGCCAAAAACCUUAAAAACCUGUUCUUAAAUCUUGUUUCUGUCGCCCCCUGGUGGUGAUAAUGUUCUUGUUGACAACAGGUUAUGAUACAUUUUUAAAACGCAUACAGUUUCUGAAAACGAGACAUCAUGGUUCCGGUUUUAAUGCAAAGCACUUAACCUUUACUUGAAAGAAGGUAAUAUACAUCCUGGAAUUACAGAUAAUAAAGAUACAUUAUGAGCAAAAUCAUUUCACAAUGAAUAUCGUCUUUCCUUUGCACCAACCAAGAUAGGAGUGUGACAUUAUCUACAGUUUGUUAGGAAGAAAACAGUGAAAAGCACACCUAGUUCUGUCAGAAUCUUUACUGUAUAGUACACUGUAAAAAAUGUAACCUCUAUGCAGUAGUCCACAUUAUUGACUUUAAUAACAAAAAAGAGAAAAGAAAUAAAAAUCAAAUUGAAAAUAACAAAAAAAACAAGUUUCAUGGUUUCCUUUAACUAAGUAGUUCAACUGCAAUGCAUACAUUAUAAAUAAAUGUAAAGGGAGGGAAAAAAAGUUCAAAAAGUACUACAAGCAAUAUUCCACAAUUCCAGCGUGGCUGAAACAACAAGUGGCCUUAAAUCCAAACCCUACACGUUGGAGUGUGACCAGGCCUUUUACACACCUUUAAGAUACUGGAGAUUCUUCAUGCGUAACACUUCUGGAUAACUCAAGUUAAAAAAUUGACCUUAAAAUUUGUUCAGUGAGAGGAUAAGUUGCGUACUGUCUUUUCCCGUGAGGUGAGAAACACUUUUUGUAUGGAGUGAGAACUCAAUAUGAGAAGAACACAAGAAGAAGUAAGAUAAGAAAUGUUUUGAAACUCCAAGCCAUUAAAGUAGUUUGAAAAAAAAAAAAAAAAAAAGAAGCUCGUUCUCAGCUAUGCACAGAGAGGUCAUUAGUAUCUAUCACAGAACUCUUCAA